UCGCAGCUCUGUCCACAGUCUUUUCCUUUCUGAAAGGAUUUAUGAACAUAAAGGAGAUUAUUGCGACGGGUCAAGCAGGGGACGGCCGAGAGAAAGCUUUACUCGACCAUGUCCUCAAAACUUCUGAAAAGGGCAAUCCUCUCUCCGUCUUAAAUGUAAUAGACUCCUUUGCAAAGACCUCUAGCUGGCUCAUGAACAUUGGGGACGAUAAAGGACCCAUUUUAGAUAAGGCCCUUCAGAAAUAUAAUCCAAGGGUCGUUCUCGAGCUUGGGACAUUCUGCGGGUAUUCUGCUGUGAGGAUUGCUUCGCAGCUGCACAAGGAGGGCAGUAAGCUUCUGUCUUUUGAGAUGAGUGCAGACAAUUGCACCAUCGCCAGGCAAAUUAUCGAGCACGCAGGGCUGUCGUCCAAAGUUGUUGUGGUACAAGGAAAAUUCAACGAGCGUAUUGACGUAGCCAAGCAAUUUUUGGAGGAGAUGAAUUCCCCAUACUUUGAUUUCGUUUUCAUCGACCACUGGAAAGACCAAUAUAUGCCAGAUUAUCUUCUAUUGAAGGAAAAUGCGAUGGUGGGCAAUGGCAGUGGGAUAUGUGCAGACAAUAUGGGGGCCAUGGUGGGACCCGCCGAUUUCAGGAAAUAUGUAAAAACCCAUCCAGAAGAACUCGAGACUUGUGAAUACAAGAGCAAUGCAGAGUAUCUUCGAUGGUUGCCAGACAGUGUCACAGUCUCUACCUUUAAACUAUCCACUUAGUAGUAGAAGUAAAUAUUUUGUUACAGUCUCUGGUUAAUAUAUUGUAUAUAUUUUAAACUAACCUCAGUCAAGCAGAGAAAAACAUAGAGGCAUUAUAUUCCAAUUUGUCGUGCAAAAGGGCUUGUCACGAUUAAAUCAAUCGUCAAUAUUAUGUGUUCUUAUCCUUUGAUGCUUAGAAUUACGUGGAAUCCAACUCGCAUUGUAGCAUCUGCUCGACAUUUUGUGGACGUGCUUUCUUAUACACCAGUCAGUUUCAAAAGGUGUAUACCAUGUGCCCCC